AUGCGUUUCACUACAGCCAUUGCUACCGUCAUAUUGGCCUACACUGCCAUUGCCUCGCCUCUGCAGGCUCGUCAGGAGUCUUGCGAGACUGCGUACGACAAAUGCUUGACCGCACCAGAUGCCAACAUGUCCCAGUGUGUUGCCAACUACAGCAACUGCUCGGGUCACCUACCCAGCAACAAGCGCCAAGAUCCAUGCCAGGACGUCUACAAUCAGUGCGUCACAGCUCCUGACGCCAACAUGUCCAAGUGUGCCGCCGACCAGGCUACCUGCCAGAAGAAUCCGAAGCGCCAGGACAGCUGCCAGGACUCUUACAAUCAAUGCGUGACUGCACCUGACGCCAACAUGGCUCAGUGUGCUGCCGACUUCAGCAACUGUUCUGGUCAUCUGCCCGGUCAGAAACGUCAAAACGCUUGUCAAGAUUCUUACAACCAGUGUGUUACUGCUCCUGGUUCCAACAUGGCCCAAUGUGCUGCCAGCCAGGCCACUUGCCAGAAAAAUCACCCGAAGCGCCAGGAUACUUGCCAGGACUCAUACGAUCAAUGUGUUACUUCCCCUAAAGCAAGCAUGGCUCAGUGUGCUGCCCAACGCGCUACUUGCCAGUCGGGCCAUUAA